AUGCGUGUUCAGAACGUCGUUGUUGCCGUAGCCUUGCUGGCUUUCGGGGCCAAUGCUUUGCCGGCUGGUCCUUCUGCGCAGGUCGCUCGUCGUAGUGACGAGGAGUGGACUAAAGUCCUUACUGAGGAAAAGCGCUCCCCCACCGACGAGGAAUGGACCAAGGUUCUCGCAGAAGCAAAGCGUUCCGAUGAGGAGUGGACGAAGGUUCUUGCCGAGGAGAAACGCUCUCCCAGUGACGAAGAGUGGACUAAGGUCCUUGCAGAAGAGAGCGUUCUCCUAGCGACGAAGAAUGGACCAAGGUCCUGGCAGAAACCGUCAAGGUCUAAGCUAGACUCUGUCCGAGGUUAA